GUAAAGAUAAAAAAGCAACCAUUUCCAUCUUUCCCUGUCGAAUUAAUAAGGUUUGAUAUCUCAUACACUCGCUUAUAAAUAUCCCAGGACCAUUUAGGGGAGUGAAAUAUUGGCUAUUCACACAGUGAAAGCAAUGGCAGGUCUAAAAGAUUACUACCACCUCUAUGUUCUUUUCUUAUUGUCCAUCACCGCAAAUUGUGGUAUGGCAGGGAGGCCAUCUUCUUCUCAGGCGGUCAAAGGGGCUUAUUGGCCUUCAUGGGCCGCCUCCACUUUCCCGCCCUCAGCCAUCGACACGAGGCUGUUCACCCACCUCUACUACGCUUUUCUUGUACCCAGUAACGUCACUUUUAGAUUUGAGGUCUCGAGUUCUAAGGCUCCGACACUGUUGAAUUUUACGUCCACGAUUCGCAAGAAGAACCCGCCGGCCAAGACGCUUUUCUCGGUCGGCGGGGGAGACGAAGGCCCGGAUAUCUUUUCACGGAUAGCGUCGAGUGCUUCCUCGCGCAAGAGUUUCAUCGACUCGUCCAUCGAAGUGGCGAGGAAGUACGGAUUUGACGGCGUCGAUCUUGAUUGGGAGUUCCCUCAAGACGCGAAAGACAUGGAGAAUUUGGGCUACUUGCUCGAGGAAUGGCGGGUUGCGGUCCAAAAGGACGCCAAGGCGACGGGCCGGAGCCCACUCUUGCUAACCGCGGCAAUGUACUUCUCUGUGGAAUUCUUCCUCGGGCCGGUCGUCCGGUCGUUUCCGGUGGCCUCGAUUAGCAAAAACUUGGACUUUGUCAAUGCGAUGUGCUAUGACUACCAUGGGUCGUGGGACACUACUGCGACGGGGGCCCAUGCCGCGUUGUUCGACCCAAAAAGCAACGUAUCGACGAGUUAUGGGCUCCAGUCAUGGAUCAAUGCCGGGCUCCCUCGAAGCAAGCUGGUCAUGGGCCUGCCGUUAUACGGGCGGACUUGGAAGCUCAAGGACCCUAAAGUGAACGGCAUAGGAGCGCCCGGUGUCGGCUUGGGCCCGGGAAACGGCGGGACUAUGACUUAUUCGCAGGUGGAGACGUUCAAUCGGGAGAAUAACGCCACGGUGGUGUUUGACAUGGAGACGGUGUCCACGUAUUCCUAUGCGGGAACUUCGUGGAUUGGGUACGAUGAUGUCAGGUCGACGACGGUGAAGAUAGGGUAUGCCCAGGCCCUUAAGCUUCGGGGGUACUUCUUUUGGGCCGUCAAUGGUGAUCAAGAGUGGAAAAUCUCAAGACAAGCUUCGAGGUCGUGGAUUCUAUAAGCUAGCCCAGCUGAGCUGCUGUUCUCGGAAGUUCACAUGAUCUUCUGAUCAUGUUCUAUUCAGUUUAUAGCUUUUUUGUUGAUCACUUUCAGUUUAUAGUCAAAGAUUAAUCUUCUAGAUCUUGUUCAAGUGAUAAAUAAUUAAGGAUCAUUGGCCUCCUAAAUCUAUUGUUUUGUAGUAUUUGGAUGCCAUUUGAUCUUGCUCAAGUACUGAUAAAUAGUUUGCCUUUUGCCUUCCAAUUGUGUAUGUGUUAAAGCUGAAAUCAUGGGAUAACAUGAAGGACAAGAAUGCUUCGCACAAAUUAUCAAAUAAAUGAAAUUAUCAUA